CCGAUAAUGCCAUCCAACAAAGCUCGACUUUAUGUGGCUCUCUACGUUCGAGGAGGGGCUGCUAAAAUGCCAGGAAAGGAAGACACGUACGGCUGGAACUGUGUUCUAUGGAUCAAAGAAGCGCUUUCAGAACUUCAAACGUCAACGAACAUUAUUGGUACAAAUGUGCUUGAAUGGGAAGCUGUUCGCAACGCAGCUAUGUCCUGUUGCCAGCAGAAGAAAGACGAGCAUCGAUUUGACGGCACAGUCCAUGUCGAUACUUUGCGGGUUCCGACUUAUGAUUUGAUUCAAGGAAAGGAGACCAUUUCGUAG